AUGCCAAGCUUUGAUAAGAACUGGGCCCGGCAGGACGCUCCAAGCGUGACUGAGAAACUACGUGGCGCAGUUACAGCCGAAGGCGCACUCAAGCCCAGGAUUCAGGGAGCUGUAAACAAACUUCAGGUUCAGAUAUCCAAGAUGGAUUCGAUGCUGGGAAAGCUGCGGGAGAGAGACUCGAGGCUGUUUCAGAGAAUCGUCGUUGCCAUGCAGCAGCACGACACCGGCGCAAGCAGGGUGCUCUCAAACGAACUGGCCGAGAUCCGCAAGGUUUCAAGAAUGCUAGGCAACGCAAGGAUGUCGCUGGAGCAGGUUCAACUGCGAUUGACGACCAUUCACGACCUAGGUGAUGCCAUGGUCGCGAUAGGACCCGCGAUGUCCACCAUGAAGGGACUGAAGGCGUCUGUUGGCAAGUUCAUGCCAGAGGCCGACUCGGAGCUUCAGGACAUGACGCAGACCCUCAACGGCCUGAUGUCAGACUCGCUGUCCGGAGAGGCGUUCAGCGGCAUCGGAUCAGAGGUCUCCACAGAAGAGACGGACAAGAUCCUGCAGGAAGCAUCAGCCGUUGUAGAGCAGAAGAUCGGGGACAAGUUUCCAUCUGUUCCCUUCCACGGGCUUUCGUCAGAGGUUUCUACCAGUCUUGAGUAG